UUUUCUUAGCCGUUGGAAAAUAGGUUUUGCCCAAAAGAAGGAAACACGUAUAAAACUUUUGCGACUCGGCGGUGUGUUGUCGCCGGCUGCCAUUGAAGAACAUACCUUCUUCACCACUCUGCUGCUCAAUCGGUCAAUUUUUAGAUAGAGGAUGCAAGAAAAAGUGUCUGAGGAAGAGAUGGUGACACCAGGAGAAGUACUGGGGAAAGGAAGCGAAGUGAAAGCAGGGAAGGGAGCAUACCUGUCACAUCAUAAUAACACCGUCUACGCCUCCCUCACCGGCCGCCGUUCCCUCUCCGCUGCGUCACCUGAAUCUCCAGACCAGAGGCCAACUGUGGAAGUGAUUGGACACAAAGCCCAUGGUUCUGUUCCUGAGCCAGGUUGUGUUGUCAUCGCUCGAGUAACUAAGGUGAGUGCUAGGAUGGCUUCAGCAGAUAUUAUGUGUGUUAGCUCCAAAUCUGUACGAGAAAAAUUCUCUGGAAUCAUCAGACAACAAGAUGUGAGAGCAACCGAAAUUGACAAAGUAGACAUGCAUUUAUCCUUCCGCCCUGGUGACAUUGUCAAAGCUUUGGUUCUUUCUCUAGGGGAUGCACGUGCAUAUUAUCUUUCAACUGCACAAAAUGAAUUGGGAGUUGUAUCUGCAGAAAGUAUGGCAGGUGGCACAAUGGUUCCGAUUAGUUGGACUGAGAUGCAGUGCCCGUUGACUGGUCAAAUUGAGCAGAGGAAGGUUGCUAAAGUUGGGGCUUAAAUAUUUGAUUUAAGUUCUUUUGAAGAUUGAGAUCUAUGUAUCUGUGUUUUUAGUCUUUUUUACAGUAUCAAUUUCAUAUUAUAAAGUAGAAUUUUAAGCCAAGUUUUGGGUACCCUUUUUCAUGAUUCAUGUUUGAGUAAAAAUUAAAAAUAGUUUGGUUAGAA